UCCUAUCUUGUUUGAUUUGGCACUGUUUAAAUGGUCAGAGUCAAGGCUUUGGCCCUGAAGUUGAUGCAUAAAAAGCUGUCCGAGCUUAGGCUUUGCAAUUUCCCCCACAGUUUUUCACUGAGAUGUAUGGCCGUUGCUGAAACAAACUCUGCAUUUAGGGCCAUCUUAUACUAGCUAUGGAUUGUUUUUUGUCUCUAUUAGUGUUUACCGUGAUAGGCCUGACUUUUUUUGCGUGGCUGUGCACACUUAGGUCUGCAUGGAAUUCCCAGGAGCUUCCCUGCCUACCAGCUCUACCUUUCAUUGGUAGUCUGCUAAGUUUGCGAAGCCCACACCCUCCACAUGUGCUUUUCAAAAAUCUGCAGAAAAAAUAUGGAGAAACGUACUCUUUGAUGAUGGGUUUCCACAGAGUCAUCAUUGUCAACCAGUAUGUGCAUGCUAAAGAAGUCCUGCUGAAGAAAGGGAAAAUAUUUGCAGGAAGACCCAGAACAGUAACGACUGAUGUUCUGACAAGAGAUGGGAAAGACAUUGCAUUUGGAGACUACAGUGCCACCUGGAGGUUCCACAGGAAAAUAGUUCAUGGAGCUUUGUGCAUGUUCGGAGAGGGUUCUGCCUCCAUAGAGAGGAUCAUCCUUGCAGAGGCCCAAUCUUUAUGUUCCACCCUGUCAGAGGCAGCAGCUAUGGGACUGGCAUUGGAUCUGUCCCCUGAGCUUACCCGGGCAGUCACAAACGUAAUUUGCUCACUCUGCUUCAGCUCCUCCUACUACCGAGGCGAUCCCGAGUUUGAAACUAUGUUGCAAUACAGCCAGGGUAUUGUGGACACAGUGGCUAAGGACAGCCUUGUUGACAUCUUCCCCUGGUUACAGAUUUUUCCUAAUGCAGACCUGCACCUCCUUAAGGACUGUGUUGCAAUCAGAGACAAACUUCUACAGAAAAAGUAUGAUGAACACAAGGCUGACUACAGUGACCAUGUACAAAGAGACUUGAUGGAUGCCCUGCUAAGAGCGAAGCGCAGUGCUGAAAACAACAACAACACAGAGAUUUGUGCCGACUCGGUGGGCUUCAGUGAGGACCACCUUCUCAUGACAGUAGGAGACAUCUUUGGAGCUGGAGUUGAAACCACCACAACUGUGCUCAAAUGGGCUAUCGCCUACCUGAUCCAUUACCCUGAAGUCCAGAAGCGUAUCCAGGAUGAGCUUGACAGUAAGGUUGGGAUGGGCCGGUCUCCUCAGCUUAGAGAUAGAGGUAGUCUUCCCUACCUGGAGGCCACCAUUAGGGAGGUGUUACGGAUUCGUCCUGUAGCUCCUCUGCUCAUACCCCAUGUAGCCCUUAGUGAUACAAGUAUAGGGAAUUUUACUGUGAAAAAAGGAACACGAGUCAUCAUCAACCUUUGGUCCUUGCACCACGAUGAAAAUGAAUGGAACAACCCUGAGCUCUUUGACCCUGAUCGAUUUUUAAACGGCAAAGGCACAUGUCUGAUUAUGCCAUCAUCCAGCUACCUGCCAUUCGGUGCUGGGAUCAGGGUCUGUUUGGGUGAGGCCUUGGCCAAGAUGGAGCUCUUCCUCUUCCUAUCCUCCAUCUUACAGCACUUUACCCUCUCUGUCCCACCAAGUGAUUCUCUUCCUAGUUUGGAUGGAAAGUUUGGUGUGGUCCUCCAGCCAGUCAAAUACAAGGUUAAAGCUUCACCCAGACCAGGCUGGCAGAAAUACCAGUGCAAGGCACGUUGAUUGGUCAUGUUCAUUGCAGAUUUGGCUCUUUAUAAUAAUAUGUGAGAAUGUGGGGCAUUUUUGUAGCCAAACUUAUAGCACCAGCCUGCAAAUAAAACACUUUUUAUAUGAUAACAUUUUUUGUUCCUUUGAAUUCAGAAUAUUUAAUGUAAUUUUCUAUGCUAUAUUCCACUGAAUCAACAUUUUGUUUGGAUUCCAGUGCACGCAAUGUUUAAGUUUUCUGUGUAAUUACAUGUACAUUUGACAAAUCAGAAUACAUACUCAAUGAGGAUUGUUUGCUCUUACUUUAGGACAAUUUUAAUUUGAUGACCUGGGACAGCAGAUCUGAAAAGUCCCAUCACGUCACCAAUGAUACCACCUUCGACAACAAGACCUAAAUGCAUAAAGUGAUGUCUUUUUUUGGUCAUUACAUUUAUUAGAUUGCUGUUUUUAUUUUCUGUCAAUCAUUGGGCGAUUUAAACUGUUUGUCUUUAAACUUUUUCAGUAAAAGCUAAAGGAAUUUAAUAAAUUGCUCAUAAAAAAAAACUAUUCAAUAAAGGCAUGUAUACACUCUUUAAA